AUGGAUCUAAUUUCUAGUUCCUUGUUUGGAUUGUUGAUCCUACUUGUUGUGGCUGCAGCUGAUGAUCAUGAUCUGAAUGGAUCAUUGAGUAUUGACAUUCGAGGCAAAUCAUGUAACCUUUACCAGGGAAGUUGGGUUAAAGACAAUUCCUACCCUCUUUACAAGAAUUGUCCUUUUGUCGAGAAAACAUUCGAUUGUCAGAACAAUGGUCGACCUGACACAGACUAUCUCAGCUACAGAUGGCAGCCCGCCGCUUGUCAACUAUCCAGAUUUGAUGGGCUAGGGUUUUUGAAUAAAUACAAAGGAAAGAAGAUCAUGUUUGUAGGAGAUUCAUUAGUUAGAGAUCAAUGGCAAUCUUUAGCUUGUUUACUAUACAAUUCAGCCAAGGGUUUAACCUAUACCUUUACAAGACUAGGCAAAGUCUCCACUUUUCACAUUCCGGAGUACGACUUGUCGGUUAUGAUGGAUAGAAACGUGUUUUUGGUGGAUUUAGUGAGUGAGGCUCGAGGGAGAAUAUUGAAACUUGAUUCAAUCGACGGGCAUGUUUGGAAGGAGAUGGAUGUGCUCGUUUUCGACACUUGGCAUUGGUGGAGUUAUAGACAUGCCCUACAAGUAUGGGACUAUAUACAAAUAGGCAACCAAUAUUUAAAAGACAUGAAUAGAACGGAUGCGUUCGAGCAUGCGAUUAACACGUGGGGCGGUUGGGUGGAUGCAAACGUUAAUCCUUCUAAGACGAGUGUCUUUUUUCAGGGCAUAUCUCCUAAUCAUUACGAUGGAUCGGAUUGGAAUGAAUGGAAUGCAAACAAAUGCGUGGGACAAACAGAGCCGAUAAUGGGAUCAAAAUAUUAUGGUAGAUACCCGCCACAAAUGAGAGUAUUGAGAAGGGCUUUAGGUCGUGUGAAAAGGGUCCCGGUGACUUUGCUCGACAUAACCGGACUUUCGUUGCUUAGAAAAGACGGUCAUCCUUCUAUAUAUGGAUACGGUGGUGCUGCUGGAGCCGAUUGCACGCAUUGGUGCCUUGCCGGAGUGCCUGAUACAUGGAACCAGAUCCUUUCUCACCUUCUACUUUCCAGACAUUGA